AUGGGGCGACGGCCGGCUGCGUCGAGGCGUCUCGCGGCGGCGGUGGCGGUGGCCGUGCGGCAGGGCGAGGGGCGAGGGCGCCACCACCACCGGCACGCGUACGCGGCGAUGAUGUACAUGGGGACGCCGCGGGACUACGAGUUCUACGUGGCGGUGCGCGUGAUGAUGCGCUCCUUGUCCAGGGUCGGCGCCGACGCCGACCGCGUCCUCAUCGCCUCCUCGGACGUGCCCCGCGACUGGGUCCGCGCAAUGAGGGAGGAGGAUGGCAUGAGGGUGGUGGUUGUCGAGAACCUGAAGAAUCCUUACGAGGGCAACCUUGGAGGAAUGAACAGGAGGUUUAAGCUGACAUUGAACAAGCUCUACGCAUGGAGCUUGGUCGACUAUGAGCGUGUCGUCAUGAUCGACUCCGACAACAUCUUCCUCCAGAACACCGAUGAGCUCUUCCAGUGCGGCCAGUUUUGUGCUGUUUUCAUCAAUCCAUGCUACUUCCACACUGGCCUUUUCGUGCUCCAGCCUUCUAUGGAUGUGUUUAAUGGCAUGCUUCAUGACCUGGAGAUUGGCCGUGACAACUCUGACGGUGCAGACCAAGGCUUCCUAGUCGGCUGCUACCCAGACUUGUUGGACAAACCAUUGUUCCACCCUCCUGAAAAUGGCACCAAACUCAACGGAACAUAUCGCCUUCCUCUCGGCUAUCAGAUGGACGCAUCAUACUACUAUCUUAAACUCCAUUGGCAUGUUCCAUGCGGUCCUAACAGCGUGAUCACAUUCCCUAGUGCCCCUUGGUUUAAACCUUGGUACUGGUGGUCCUGGCCAAUCUUGCCACUGGGCCUUUCCUGGCACAAGCAACGCUGGGAUGAUCUUGGUUAUGCUGCUGAAAUUCCGGUGGUCCUCAUGGAGCUGCUAAUGUACAUAACGAUCAUAGCCGUCACCAGAUUGGCAAGACCACAGAUGACAAAACUGUGCUAUAAUCGGCGACCUGAGAAACAAGGUGCCCUGCUGCAGUGGCUAAUCAAGCUGGCCGGGAUUGUGGCCAUGGUGGCUGCAUAUGCGAUCCCAUUCUUUGUAAUCCCAUGCACAGUUCAUCCAAUCAUGGGUUGGUCCAUGUACCUCUUUGGCGUCCUCGCCUUCUCAACGGUCGUGAUCAAUGCAUUCCUGCUCCCACCGCUUGCCGUGCUCACUGCAUGGCUUGGGAUUGUUGGAAUGCUCUUUGUCAUGGCAUUCCCAUGGUACCAUGACGGCAUCGCGAGGAUUCUGGUGGUCGUCGCCUAUGCGUUUUGCUCUGCACCAUUCCUGUGGGCAUCCAUCGUGAGGGUGAUGGACUCAUUGCAAACAAUGCUUGAGAGGGAUCCGCACUUCCCCCGGCUCGGUGAUCCAGCACCUGAGACUGAAUUUAGCAAACUGUACUGA